AGCGUUAGCCUCUGAUUGGUCAGCUUGACUGGCGACCUUUCCCCUCUGCGACUGUUUCCUGCGGUGCCUAGUUCCUGAGCGGCACAGACGAGAGCUCGAUCGAAGGCAAGAUGGCGGAUGUGCUGGAUCUUCACGAGGCUGGGGGCGAGGAUUUCGCCAUGGAUGAGGAUGGGGACGAGAGCAUUCACAAGCUGAAAGAAAAAGCGAAAAAACGGAAGGGCCGCGGCUUUGGCUCCGAAGAGGGGUCCCGAGCGCGGAUGCGUGAGGAUUAUGACAGCGUGGAGCAGGAUGGCGACGAACCCGGGCCACAACGCUCUGUUGAAGGCUGGAUUCUCUUUGUCACUGGAGUCCAUGAGGAAGCCACUGAGGAAGACAUCCAUGACAAAUUCGCAGAAUAUGGGGAAAUAAAAAACAUUCACCUCAAUCUGGACAGGCGAACAGGAUACCUGAAGGGGUAUACUCUAGUUGAGUAUGAAACAUACAAGGAGGCCCAGGCUGCUAUGGAGGGACUCAAUGGCCAGGAUUUGAUGGGACAGCCAAUCAGUGUUGACUGGUGUUUUGUCCGGGGUCCACCCAAGGGCAAGAGGAGAGGUGGCCGAAGACGCAGCAGGAGUCCAGACCGGAGACGUCGCUGACAGGUCCUCUUGUCCAGGUCUUCUCUCCAAGAUUCCAUUUGACCAUGCAACGUUGGAGAAACAGGGCUGGGGUGGAACUUGCUGUGUUUAUAUUUAAUUCCUUACCCUACCUGCUUAGUGUUUCUUUUGAGUACGAAUAAAUGUUCCAUUUUUGUUUUCUACA